AUGGCCGAUCAAGCCAUUCAUGCCGCCAAGGCGGCCAGCGUCCCCGAUGGAACAGGUGUCCUCCAGCUCGAUCCAUGGCUGGAACCCCAUCGAUCGGUGCUGAAGCAUCGCUUCAGCUUGGUCGAGAAAUGGGCCAAGGACAUUGAAGCUAGCGAGGGCGGACUGGACCAGUUUAGCAAGGGCUACGAAACAUUCGGUCUCAUUGCGCAGCCAAAUGGCGAUAUCACAUACAAGGAAUGGGCGCCCAAUGCAAAGGAGGCCUCGCUGGUCGGCGACUUUAACAACUGGGAUGUCAAUGCCAACCAAAUGACCAAGGACAACUAUGGCGUGUGGGAUGUGACUGUGCCGUCCAAGGGUGGUGUUGCCGCCAUUCCUCACGACAGCAAGAUCAAGGCAAGUCUCUCAUUACUACUUGCGGGCGAUAAGCUUCAGAUCACCAUGGUACUCCCGAGUGGAGAACGUAUCUAUAGGGUUCCAGCAUGGAUCAAGCGAGUCGUGCAAGAUCUCAGUGUGUCUCCGGUCUACGAUGCCGUCUUCUGGAACCCGCCUGCCAACGAGCGAUACAGCUUCAAGCAUUCGCGCCCCAAGAAGCCCCAGAGUCUGCGCAUCUACGAGGCCCACGUCGGUAUCUCAUCACCAGAGAACAAAGUCGCGACCUACAAAGAGUUUACCAAGAACAUGUUGCCGCGGAUCAGUUCUCUCGGCUACAAUGCCAUCCAGCUCAUGGCCAUCAUGGAACAUGCCUACUAUGCCAGCUUUGGCUACCAAGUCAACAACUUUUUCGCCGCGAGCAGUCGCUACGGAUCUCCAGAAGAUCUGAAAGAGCUCAUUGAUACGGCACACAGUCUGGGCCUGGUGGUCCUGCUGGAUGUGGUGCACAGCCAUGCGUCCAAGAACGUUGACGAUGGAAUUAACAUGUUCGAUGGCACAGACCAUCUCUAUUUCCAUGAAGGUGGCAAGGGUCGUCAUGAUCUUUGGGAUAGUCGCCUAUUCAACUAUGGUAAUCACGAGGUGCUGCGCUUCCUCUUGAGUAACCUGCGUUUCUGGAUGGAGGAAUACCAGUUUGACGGUUUCCGUUUUGACGGCGUCACCAGUAUGCUGUACACUCAUCACGGCAUUGGAACCGGCUUCUCUGGCGGAUACCAUGAAUACUUCGGUCCAGCCGUUGACGAAGAAGGUGUCACGUAUCUAACUCUCGCCAACGAAAUGCUGCACCAGCUCUAUCCCGAGUGUAUUACUGUCGCCGAAGACGUCUCUGGCAUGCCUGCUCUGUGUUUACCACACUCGCUCGGCGGUGUCGGUUUUGACUACCGCCUCGGCAUGGCUAUCCCAGACAUGUACAUCAAGCUGCUGAAGGAGAAAUCCGAUGACGAAUGGGACAUUGGUAACCUCGCACACACCCUGACCAACCGACGACACGGCGAGAAAACCAUCGCCUACGCCGAAAGCCACGACCAAGCCCUUGUCGGCGACAAGUCCCUCAUGAUGUGGCUCUGCGACAAGGAGAUGUACACCCACAUGUCCGUCCUAACAGACUUCACCCCCAUCAUCGAACGCGGCAUGGCCUUGCACAAGAUGAUCCGGCUAGUAACCCACGGUCUCGGCGGCGAGGGCUACCUCAACUUCGAAGGCAACGAAUUCGGCCACCCAGAAUGGCUCGACUUCCCCCGCGAAGGAAACAAUAAUUCCUUCUGGUACGCCCGCCGCCAGCUCAACCUCACUGAAGACAACUUGCUCCGGUACAGAUUCCUCAACAACUUCGACAGUGCAAUGCAGCACACCGAAGCCAAAUAUGGCUGGCUGCAUGCCACGCAGGCAUACAUCAGCUUGAAGAACGAAAGCGACAAGGUCCUCGUCUUUGAACGGGCCGGUCUGCUUUGGAUCUUCAACUUCAACCCCACGCAGAGCUUCACGGAUUACCGCGUUGGUGUGGAUGUUGCGGGCACGUAUCGCAUCGUCCUUGACACGGAUGACAAGGAUUUUGGUGGGCUUGGAAGGAACGUUAAGGAGACUCGCUUCUUUACCACGGACUUGCCGUGGAAUGGACGGAGUAACUUCGUCCAGGUCUAUAUCCCUACACGGACUGCUUUGGUCCUUGCGCUGGAGAGCACGCUGUAG